AUGUCAUCAUCGCCGGACAUUGCCGGAAUCCUGGAGAACACGAAGGAGCUUGAUCGGUUAAGGAAAGAGCAAGAGGAAGUUCUCGUUGAGAUCAACAAGAUGCACAAGAAGCUUCAAGCUACGCCUGAGAUAGUUGAGAAGCCUGGUGAUACUUCAUUGUCAAAGCUUAAAAAUCUGUACAUUCAAGCAAAAGAGCUUUCAGAAAGUGAAGUAACCGUUUCAAACAUUCUGCUUACUCAACUGGAUUCCCUGCUUCCAUCUGGACCAACUGGGCAACAACGCAGAAAAUUAGUGGCAGAAGGCAACGAUCAGAAGAGGAAGAGAAUGAAAGUAGAUACCGAUGUAACAAGAGUUUCUCCUUCCAUGAGAAACCAAAUCGAGGCAUAUGCCAGUCUAAGGGGUGAACAGGUUGCUGCAAGAGUCACAGCCGAUGAUGCCGACAAGGAUGAAUGGUUUGUGGUGAAAGUAAUUCACUUUGAUAGAGAAACAAAAGAAGUUGAAGUACUCGAUGAAGAACCAGGAGAUGAUGAAGAAGGAGGAGGCCAGAGGACCUAUAAACUAUCAAUGUCAUGUAUUUUACCGUUUCCAAAACGGAAUGAUCCGUCAAGCACACAAGAGUUUCUACCAGGGAAACACGUCUUAGCUGUAUAUCCAGGAACCACGGCACUUUACAAGGCUACUGUUAUUAGUACCCCACGAAAGAGGAAGUCUGACGAGUACUUGCUAGAGUUCGAUGACGAUGAAGAAGACGGAGCAUUACCUCAAAGAACAGUGCCUUUCCACAAAGUGCUCUCUUCCUCUUUUUUAUCCUCAUCGUCGUCGUCUGCAACUGAGCUUCUCCUCCUGCGAUUAGCUGAUUCAGAUUUUGGGACAAGAGCCGGAUAUCGAGUGAGGAUGAGGCCGAUAUUGAUGAAGGGGCACGAACGUCCCUUGACGUUCCUGAGGUACAACAGAGAUGGCGAUCUGCUAUUCUCCUGCGCCAAGGAUCACACUCCCACCGUCUGGUUCGCCCAUAAUGGCCAACGCCUUGGAACCUACCGUGGUCACAAUGGUGCCGUUUGGUCUUGCGAUGUCUCCAGAGACUCGUCGAGGUUGAUAACUGGUAGUGCUGACCAGAGUGUAAAGCUGUGGGAUGUGAAAACUGGAAAAGAGUUGUUCAAAUUCAAGUUUGGUUCUCCGGCGAGGUCUGUUGAUUUCUCUGUGGGAGAUAAGCUUGCAGUGAUUACAACUGAUCCAUUCAUGGAGCGUACCUCUGCUAUUCAUGUGAAACGCAUCUCGGAAGAUCCUGAAGACCAGGAUGGUGAGUCUGUGCUUACCCUUCAAAUUCCUGAUGGGAGGAAGAGGAUUAACAGAGCUGUCUGGGGACCGUUGAACCAGACUAUUGUUAGUGGUGGUGAAGAUGCUGUUAUCAGGAUCUGGGAUGCUGAGACGGGGAAACUGAUCAAGGAAUCAAAUGAGGAAGAUGGUCACAAGAAGACAAUCACAUCGCUCUGUAAAUCAGCUGAUGAUUCUCACUUCAUAACUGGUUCACUUGACAAGACUGCAAAACUGUGGGACAUGAGGACUUUGACUCUGAUUAAGACUUACACUACAGGCGUGCCUGUAAAUGCUGUAGCCAUGUCUCCAAUUCUCGACCAUGUUGUGCUUGGAGGUGGUCAAGAUGCAUCUGCUGUUACAACCACUGAUCAUCGUGCUGGAAAGUUCGAGGCUAAGUUUUAUGACAAGAUUCUGCAAGAGGAAAUUGGUGGUGUGAAAGGACAUUUUGGACCUAUAAAUGCUUUGGCAUUCAAUCCCGAUGGAAGGAGUUUCUCAAGUGGAGGUGAAGAUGGUUACGUGAGAUUGCAUCACUUUGACGCUGACUACUUCAACAUCAAGAUUUAG